AAAUCUCCCAUCCGAAUUUCUUCCGUUCAUAAUUUCACACAAAAAUCCAAUCUUCACUCUCAGAAAAUCUCUCUCUCUCUUUGUGGAGUGCCUUUAUUGGAGGAAGAGGGGUUUUGUCAUUUAUGAAGAGACCAUACGUCUUCGAUUCCAUUUGGUUUGUCUUCUUCGGAGGACGGAGCAGAGAAACGUAGCCAGACGAACCAUCAAAACUUCGGCCGAUCGAUCGUCCAAGACUUCCGGCGAAAAUCUACUGGAAAGUUAUAAACGCACCGGAGUGUGACGGUUAAAGUUAUAAACCUGGCUAAGAAAAAUUUGUUUUGAUUGCCCUCUUGCGGUAACGGAAGCGGUUUCUUAUCGCUGAAGGAUUCUUCUUGAUUCCUAAUAUUUCGAUUUUCUGAUCUUUAUCCGAUAAGAUUCGUGUCGUCUGAUUGUGUUUGCCUUUGAUUCAAAUCGGCUUCUCAAAUUUAUGAAAGUCUUGUUUCUUGGAGACCCCUUGGGGAAAAUUUUUACAGGAUCAAGGAGAGUUCUUUUGCGAUUCUCUGCUGUUGCAAUUUUUUAAAGGGAAUUGGAUUAUUGGAGAAUCAUUCGCACAUCUGGAUGGUUUUUGGGAACUAUUCUGCCGCCUGAAUUCGAAGAAAUUAGCGUGCAAACAAGAAAGAAAACAAACAAGUAUUUGAAAGUAAAGAUUGAAUCUUUUAUUAUUUUAAUAUUCUUUUGAAUUUCGAAACAUCUGCAACCGAAGAUCUCUGUUUCCUCCGCUACUGAAAAGUGGCGUCUCUCGUUCAAUCUUCGCUCUCUUUCACUGGCUCCGGUGAACAGUCGUUAUCUUCUUUCAGCGAAUCAUUGUUCCAUUCCGUCAAUGCCGAACGGCCGGUGCGCAGAGAUAGCCGGCAGGACGGCUGCCGAUUGUGCUGUAAUAUGCUGCUGCUGCCCAUGCGGUCUCGUGAACCUGCUUGUCCUCGCCGUCUACAAGGUACCAACUGGGCUAUGCCGGAGAGCGUUGAGGAAGCACAAGAAGCUGAAGCAACGGCGGCGGUGCUCCUGCGGCCGCGACGAAACCGAGAUGCAGAUACAUCGCGUUUCAUUCGAAACGUUGGUAGCCGAUAAUUCGGAGAACUCUGAACUGAUUGACGAUAGAGAGGUUGGGCAGUUGGAGAAGGAAAUGUUGGAGAGGUUCCACAAUACCGGGUUCUGGAGGAGUCCUUCACAGACUUCACAGCGGGAAUAG